AUGGCGGAUUCAAUGGCCCAGAAUGUUCAUGGCUAUGACCAUGAUAACUUGCGCCAUGUGGUUAUCACUUCUACUUGCUUUGCUUUCAUCUUAUCCACUACCGCAGUUGGCUUUCGUAUAAUCUCCCGAGCGAUUAAUGGAAGUGGUCUUUUUUUGGAUGACUGGCUCAUUAUUCUGGCAUUAAUCUUCGAAUAUGGUAUAUCAAUCGCAGGAGUUGUCUUACUAUACAAUGGUCUCGGAACCCAUAUCGCCGAGCUCUCCCCCGAACAGAUCAUUGUCUACCUAAAGACACUGUUUACAGGCUCGAUACUCUACACCGGCUGCAUUGCAAGUAUCAAACUAUCCAUCCUGAUGCUGUACCGCAGACUCUUUCCCGUCAAGACCAUGAAAUACGCCGUCAAUAUUGUAUCUCUGAUUGUGAUCCUAUGGGCUGCCUGCGGUAUUCUCGCAGGUUGUUUCACCUGCAUCCCAACAGAGAAGCUAUGGCACCCCAUGGUAGAAGGUGGUUGCAUGAAUCUAUCAAAGUUCUACUACGGUCUUCAGAUUCCCAACAUCGCGACGGAUGCAAUCAUCCUCCUGAUGCCCAUGCACAUUGUGUGGAACCUUCCCAUCUCCAAGGCACAGAAGUUGGGUCUUUCUGGGAUAUUUAUUCUGGGAUUCUUAACUUUAAUUUUCGAUAUCAUUCGUCUGGUCGUCCUGAUCGAGCUUUCCACUAAGGGCGACGAUAUUACCUAUAAUGAAGUCCCAGCAAGCGUGUGGACAUGUAUCGAGCCCGCCGUUGGAAUCGUCGCAGCGUGCCUGUCGAAUAUGCGGCCUUUGUUUAAGGUCAUGCACACCAAGGUUUGGUCUAGGCUUUCUAGCCGAUAUGCCACCAACGCGAGUAAUACAAGCGAUUCACAGAUUAAUGAGAAGGGUAGCUGGCUGCGAAAGACCCCUAGCCCAACCGGCGAAGGGAGUAUUUCUCCCAGUGCUAGUGGGAAUUUGAACCAGUCGCCGACUCAAACCCAGUCUGCUGUGUAA